UUUCCCAGUCACUCUCAUCCGCACUCUCUUUCUCACUCUUCUUUCAGUUCGUCUCUUCAAAUGCAGAAGGGGAAGGGCAAAGGCGUUGCCGGAAAAACCACCGCCGGGAAAGGAAAGGGCGGCGACGAUGACAAGACCGGCGGAAAGAAGCGGAGGAAUCGCGAGAUCCUUCAGUUCUUCGAGGACGCUGCUGGCGAGGACUCCGAUUCCAGCUUCGACUUCGACGAUGAGUUUGAUUUUGCAGAAGAAGAUUUUGAUACAGAGUCAAAAAUUGACAAGGAACCAGGAAAAGCCCAGAGCCUUCCCCUUUAUCCCAAAGAGGAGGAGAUGAAUGAGGAAGAAUUUGAUAAAAUGAUGGAAGAACGCUACAAGGAUGGUUCUAAUUUCGUCAGAUAUGCUGAGGAUGAUUUUGAGAACAAAAGAUCGAUUGAUAGAAAUAAUAUUAUACCUUCAGCUAGAGAUCCAACCAUCUGGAAAGUUAAAUGCAUGGUUGGACGUGAGAGGAAUUCAGCUUUUUGUCUUAUGCAGAAGUAUGUAGACUUGAAAUCAUUAGGUACCAAACUUCAGAUAAUAUCUGCAUUUGCUCUUGAUCAUAUAAAGGGUUGUAUUUACAUUGAAGCUGACAAGCAAUUUGAUAUUAUUGAGGCAUGUAAAGGGCUUACUACUAUAUACUCCUCUCGAAUAGCUAUAGUCCCAAAAAAUGAAGUUUCUCAUUUGUUAUCUUCCCGAAUUACGCGCAAUGAAGUUUCUGAGGGCUCAUGGGCUCGUGUGAAGAAUGGGAAAUACAAGGGAGACUUGGCACAGAUUGUGGCUGUGAAUGAUGCACGAAAAAGAGCAACAGUGAAGCUUAUACCAAGAAUUGAUCUACAAGCAAUGACUGCAAAAUUUGGUGGGGGAGUUAGCCUCAAGAAAAAUGCCACUCCAGCACCAAGAUUGAUCAGCACAAGUGAACUUGAGGAGUUCCGGCCUCUCAUUCAGUACAGACGUGAUCGUGACACCAACAAGCUUUUUGAGGUUCUUGAUGGUCUGAUGCUCAAGGAUGGAUAUUUAUACAAGAAAGUAUCAAUAGAUUCUUUAAGCUGCUCGGGAGUUAUGCCAUCUGAAGAGGAGCUCCUGAAGUUUAAAUCUUCUGAGAAUAAUGAAACUGAUGAUUUGGAGUGGCUUACACAGCUUUAUGGUGAACGAAAGAAAAAACGGGUUAUAAGAAGUGAUAAAGGUGGUGGGAAAGGAGAAGGCUCAUCAGGAUCUAGUGGUGCGAACAGCUUUGACCUGCAUGAUCUUGUUUGUUUUGGCCGGAAAGAUUUUGGAAUUAUCAUAGGCAUUGAGAAAGAUGAUAGUUACAAGAUUUUGAAAGAGGGUCCAGAAGGACCUGUUGUGGUGUAUGUCCAACUGAAAGAGUUAAAGAGUGGACCCUUUGAUAUGAAAUUUACUGCUUUAGAUCAGCACAUGAAGCCCAUAUCUGCCUGUGAUACUAUCAGGGUUUUGGAAGGAUCAUCUAAGGGUAGGCAAGGCAUUGUUAGGCAAAUCUACAGAGGCACCAUCUUUUUAUAUGAUGAGAAUGAAGCAGAAAAUGGUGGUUAUUUCUGUGCUAAAUCUCAAAUGUGUGAGAAAGUCAAAUUAUCUAGUGAUGUGUGCAAUGAAAAGGUUGAAAAGGGUGGUGAAUCAGCUUCCUUUGGUUUCGAAGACUUCCCAUCAUCUCCUAAGUCACCUCUUUCACCAAAAAAGCCAUGGCAAGCUAGAGAAAACCGUCAGGAAUUCAAUCGUGGGGAUAAAGAUGCAAUGUUCUCCAUUGGUCAAACCUUGAGAAUCCGUGUUGGUCCUCUAAAGGGAUACCUCUGCCGUGUUUUAGCUAUACGCCAUUCUGAUGUUACAGUGAAACUUGAUUCUCAGCACAAGGUUCUUACAGUUAAAAGUGAGCAUCUUACUGAGGUUCGUGGGAAAAGCUCUACCGUACCUAUGAGUGAGGAUCUGGAGUCGGGUUCUUUAAAACCAUUUGAUCUGCUUGGAGCCGAAGGCAGCUCUAGAGAUUGGAUGGAUGGAGCAGGAACAUCAGCAGGGAGUUCUGGGUGGAAUUCUGGAGGAAGUAGCUCUUGGCCUAGUUUCCCUGCCUCAGGCAUUUCGCUUCAGCCAGAGUCCAGUUCAGCAAAUCCUUUCAGUUCCGAGGCCAAUGAUGCCAAAAAAGAUGUGGAAAAUGCUGCUUGGGAGACCAAAGCGGCUCCAAAUCAGAGUUCAUCCUGGGGCGCUGCAGCAGCUAAUGAGAAAUCAUCCUGGGGUGCUGGGACAGCUAAAGAAAAUUCAUCUUGGGGUGCUGCUGCAGCUAACGAGAAAUCAUCCUGGGGUAAAUCUACACCCGAUGGAGAUCUGGGAAGUUCUUCAAAAGUUGCUGGAGACAAUUGGGGCAAAGGAAACCUUAAAGUUGGAACUCCAACUGAUUCUUCAAAUAAUGCUGCAACCACCUGGAAAAAGAAUACAGUGUCUGAUGAUCAAGAUGGUUGGAAAACAUCAGAGGAACCCUGGAAAAAGGGUAAGAGUGUUAGUGCAAGCCCAACUGGUGGAAAGAAUCAACCAGAUUCUUGGGGCAAAGGUAAAGAUACAGUUGAAGUUGGGUCAUGGAAUCAACAGAAAUCUUGGGACAAAGGCAAAGAUGUAGUUGUUGGUGAGGGAUCUGCUUGGGGCAAAGCUGAUGAUGCAGAAAAAACUGAUGAAGCAGGAUGGAAUAAAGCCAAAUUUGCUGGUGGAAGUCAAAAUGUAAACUGGGGUAAUGUGAAAAAUACCAGUGAAGAUGCUGUUGGGGAUAAUGGAAAAUCUUGGAAUAAAAAUGAAGGUUCUUCUUGGAAUAAAUCAGUUGGAGGGUCUUCGUGGGGUAAACAAGCUGAUACAAAUGUGGAGAGGAAGGGUUGGGUGGAAAAUAAAGAGGAUACAGAACAGCAAGAUGGUUGGGCGAGGCCAAAAGCAUUUGGUGAGGGUCGUGGGUUUGGUGGGAGAGGAAGGGGUAGAGGAAGCCAAGGGCGUGGAGAUCAAUUUGGCAGGGGAAGAUCAUCGAGUCAGGGAGAGUUUGGUGGGAACAGUGGUCAGGGAAAUAGUUGGACUGGUGAUGGAAUGUCAACAGGGAAUCCUUCUGGUUGGAACAAUGAUCAAACAGGUGGUUGGGCUAAAUCCAAAGCUUCUGAUUGGGGUAAAAAAGAUGAUGGUUGCCAGAAUGCUAAUGCACCUGAUGAUAAUAAUGGAUCUGGAUGGAACAAAAGAUGGGGAGCAGGUAAGGAGAUUGGUGAAAGCGGUGACCAAUGGAACAAUUCAAAACCUUCUCGUGGUGAUUGGAGUGCUCCAAAAGCUUCAAAUGAUGACAAGUCAUCUGGUUGGAACAAUAAGUCUUCUGCUAAUGAAGGAGCUGGUAGUGCUGGGGAUGAUGGAGCUGGUUGGAACAAAAGAAAAGGUCCUGGUGAAAAUCAAAACAUGGGGUGGACCAGUAAAGCUAAUGAUAUGGAUGGAAACCAAUCAUCUGGAUGGGGUACCAACAGAGUGUCUGGAGACAGGUCCUCUGACUGGAAUAAGAAGACCACUGAAAAUAAAGAAGAGGGUGAGCAUAAAAAUCAAGGGGGUGGCUGGAACAGUGGAAAAACUUCAGAUCAAGGUUCAGCAACUGGAUGGGGUCAAAGUUCUGGUUGGAAAAGUGGAUCAAAUGUUGGAGAAAACCAGGAUGGCGGAAAAGGUAGUUGGAACGCUGGGUCAAGUGAUGCCAAUAGAAACCAGGAUUCUAGUUGGGGUAAAAAAAGUGAUUGGAAUGGAGGUGGGAACCAGAGUUCUAAUUGGGGCAAAAGUAAUUGGAACUCUGGAUCUGGCGAUGCAAGUGAAGACCAAACUGAGAAUUUUGGUAAUAGGGGAGGUUUUGGAGGUAGAGGUGGAGAUAGGGGAGGUUUUAGAGGUAGGGGCCGUUCAGAUAGAGGAGGCUUUAGAGGUAGAGGUGGUUUUGGAGGUAGAGGUGGAGACAGGGGUGGUUAUGGUGGUAGAGGUGGAGAAGGGGGUGGUUAUGGUGGUAGAGGUGGAGAAGGGGGUGGUUUUGGUGGUAGAGGUGGAGACGGGGGUGGUUUUGGUAGGGGUAGAUCAGACAGAGGAGGAUUUGGAGGUAGAGGCCGUGGAAGGAGGGAUCAAAGUGGUGGUUGGAACAACAGUAAUGAUGGUGCAGGAACUUGGAGUAGCAGAAAUGAUGGUGCGGGAACUUGGAACAGCAGAAAUGACUCUAGUGAGGAUAGGCCCACUGACUGGAACAAAGGGGCAGGAGAGGGGUGGAAAAACAAAGAUGGUGCAGGAACUUGGAACAGUGGAAGUGGUGAUAAGAACAAGUCACAGAGUUGGAAUGCAGGAAGUAGUGGAACUAGCAAUCAAUCUGGUGGUUGGAACAGCCAGGGGUCAGGUUGGAACAAAGGAACAGGUUCAGAUAAUGCAGGGAGUGGAGAUCAAGCUGUUAAUGCAGGAGAGGGGUGGAAAAACAAAGAUGGUGCAGGAACCUGGAACAGUGGAAGUGGUGAUAAGAACAAGUCGCAUAGUUGGAAUGCAGGAAGUAGUGGAACUAGCAAUCAAUCUGGUGGUUGGAACAGCCAGGGGUCAGGUUGGAACAAAGGAACAGGUUCAGAUAAUGCAGGGAAUGGAGAUCAAGCUGUUAAUGCAGGAAGUGGUGGAACUACUAAUCAAUCUAGUGGAUGGAAUAGCCAGGGUUCAGGUUGGAACAAAGGUACAGGUAAUGGGGGUAAGACUCAGUCAUCUGGUUGGAAUUAAUCAAAAGAUGCAAGUCGACCUUGGUUUUAAAAUUUGCUCAUGUAGGCUGGUGCUGGUAUAAAUAUGUCUAUGCUAUAGCUUUUGUUUAUGUGUAUGAACCUUAGAUUAAUGUACUCCUAUGUGAGAGACAUUGACUACUUAGGGCUGAUGUUGUGCAGUUGGUUGUUAUUAUAAUCUUAUAUACCAGGUGCUAGCUA